GUGUUGAUUGGAUUUUUUGUGUGAGGAUUACCUGUGCAAUGAUACAUGUUCUGGUGUCCAAAUUCAUGUAGACCUAAUGCAGAUACAGAUAUAUGUUAACCUGACAGACGCUGAGGAUAGUUGAUGGUUUCUGUCGGUCAGAUUUCACUAUGGACAGCAUUACAAGGUGUUUCUUGUGACCCCACACAAAGGUCAGCUGAUCAGUGACAGUGAGGCGUGAUAGGAUGGUAUAAGAGAGAGUCUGUAAUGCAAUCAACGGUGAGGCCAACACGGAACAGAGAAAAACCACUUCAGCAACAGUUUGAAAACUUAUGAAUGACGUGACUUAAUCAUUAUGGAUUUGAAGGAUUCAGAUGGCACAGCCCUGGAUACUAACCAACACACGGACUCAAUGGAAAACAACCAAAAAUCACCCCAAGACCCUCUGGUAGAGAAGAAAGAGGAUGUGGAGACAGAACACAAAGAGAGGGAGACAUGGGACACGAAGAUCGACUUCCUGUUGUCCGUCAUUGGGUUCGCCGUGGAUUUGGCCAAUGUGUGGAGGUUUCCCUAUCUGUGCUACAGAAACGGGGGAGGUGCCUUUUUGUUUCCUUACCUUUUGAUGCUGUGUCUGGCCGGUAUUCCUUUGUUUUACAUGGAACUGGCACUCGGUCAAUAUAAUAAAACCGGUGCAAUUACUUGCUGGGGUCGUUUAUGUCCAUUAUUUAAAGGGAUCGGAUGGGCAGUGGUUUUGAUCGCAUUUUAUACAGACUUUUUCUACAACGUGGUUAUAGCGUGGUCCAUACAUUUCCUGUUCUCCUCCUUCACUAGUGAGCUUCCAUGGGCGUCAUGUGGUCAUUCAUGGAACACCGAAUUUUGUUAUGAAGGAAAACCAAGUGCUGUGCCCAGUAGUGAAAACAAUUCAAACAUGACUCUAGAAGGAACGACUGUGUUUAAUUCAAUAUCUACAUUGAUAGUGAACGAUAACAUUACAAACAGCACAAAUGUUACAGAUGUGAGGAAGAUUUCACCGGCGGAGGAGUAUUUCAACAAUCGAUUCCUACAGCUGGACCAGAGUGGCGGAAUCUUUGACGUGGGCUCCAUUAACUGGGAAAUCGCCCUCUGCUUGUUAGCGGUGUACCUCAUUUGUUACUUCAGUUUAUGGAAGGGAAUAAAGAUGUCAGGAAAAGUUGUAUGGUUCACUGCACUGUUUCCUUACGUGGUCUUGGCAAUUUUGAUGGUUCGUGGAGCGACGCUAGAGGGCGCUGAUAAAGGAGUACAAUACUACCUAACCCCAAACUUCACCAGACUCGCUAGUUCUGAAGUUUGGGUUGAUGCGGCGACGCAGGUUUUCUUUUCCUUAGGACCUGGUUUUGGGGUCCUUUUGGCGUAUGCCAGUUACAAUCAAAUCAACAAUAAUGUUUACAGGGAUGCCUUAAUCACCAGCAGUAUAAAUUGCAUGACAAGCUUCGUGUCCGGGUUUGUCAUCUUCAUGAUUUUGGGUCAUAUGGCUGAGACCGCCAAUUUACCCAUAGAUAAGGUUGCCACGGAAGGUCCCGGUCUCGUUUUUGUUGUUUACCCAGCUGCCAUAGCAACUCUUCCUGCAGCACCAUUUUGGUCCAUUAUAUUUUUUCUGAUGCUUUUGACUUUGGGACUGGAUAGCUCGUUUGGAGGAUCGGAAGCCAUCAUUACUGCCAUCUCUGACGAGUUUCCGGUUUUGAGGAAACACAGAGAGAUAUUUGUAGGAGCUCUGUUUUCACUCUAUAUGAUAGUAGGGCUGGCAUUCUGUACCCAGGGCGGGGCUUACGUUGUGUCGCUGAUGGACAAGUAUGCGGCGGGCUACUCCAUCUUGUUUGCAGUGUUUUUUGAGAGUUUGGUAUUAUCCUGGGCAUAUGGCGUAGAAAGGUUUUCAAAUGAUAUUCGAACGAUGCUUGGACACCCUGCUGGAAUAUACUGGAAAAUUUGCUGGAAAUUCAUAGCACCUUUAUUUAUUUUGUGGAUUAUGAUUUUUGGUCUGGUCCAGUAUACACCUCAUAGUUAUGACAACUACAUUUACCCUUGGGAGGCCAACUUUAUUGGCUGGUGUAUAGCACUAUCCUCUGUUCUAUGUAUUCCACUGUUUGCAAUCAUUGGAUUCAUAAGAGCUAGUGGAUCGCCCUCAGAGCGCCUGAAGUUCCUGUUAACACCAACCAAUGAGAAGGGAAGAGAAGCAAUGACCGGCUACCAGGUAGUUAGGAUGAAUGGAGGGAUGGUCAUUGGAGAGAAGGUCUAAGUGCUGUGAGGAUGUAUUAAUACACAAAGUAGCAAAACAUGCGUAUACCAAGUUUUGUUUUGUAUUUCUAGUCUGUAUUCUAGUCAUAAAGAUGUUACUGCGCAUUACUUCUGCGCACUGACAAGAAGUUCCCUGAAACAGUUUUACAGAACUCUGUGAAAACUGUUGGUAGGCAACUGACGGUAAGAUUGUAGUGAAAGAAGUUAAACAGAAUUUUCAUUAGACUGGUAUAGAGUUAAAAGAUAGUUUACAUAAUAUUAAAUAUUUGUCAUUGGUAAUAUGACAUCUUGAUUAAUGGUCGAUUUGUAACAAGAGCAUUGGUUUAGCCAAAGGAUUUCGUUUUGUUUAAAACGUUACAACUAACGGUGAAGUUUUAAGGUAAAAAAGAUGUCAUAUAUUAUAAAAUGUAUACCUCAAUGUUAUCGGCACGUUGUACAUAAUAUUAAGUGCCUUAAUAAUAGAUAAUUCAAAAGAAAUUGCCAUGAAUUUACUGAGUUCAGAUUUAAUUGCAAUAUACCUCAUUGUUUUUAACUUUUUUAUGUAAUGGACCACAUACGUUUUUGUUAUGAUCCAUGUUCGUGGAACGUUGCAAUAGUGACGCACAAUUGGUCAGUGCACGUGUACUGACUGACUGCCUGCAUACGAGACUAAUAUAAUAUACAUAAUACUCAUUCUGUAUUAGAUAUGCACUUAUUAUUCAUCGUCUUUAGUUGUGUUAAAGACUUUUAUAUGGUAAAGAUAAGAUCUGUUUAAUUUUAAAUAUAUAUGUAUAUGUAUACAUUGUUUUGUAUGAAAAACAUUUUCCAAUAUUUCUAUUUAAACAUUAUACGAAGUACUGAAAACAUCGGUAAUCUAAUAAAUAAUAAUAAUUAAAGUAGACACAUGUAUCAAGGAAUUCAUACACCUCCAGAAUAUUUCUAAGAGAGAUACAUUUGAUUUAUAAAGUGUUGUAUAUCCUAAAAUACAAAGAAAUGUUUAUGUUGUUUCAUGAUAUUAUAUAGAGUCAAUAUUACCGGUAUAAAAUAUGUGUAUCUGUAAAUUAAAUAUUAUGAUACACUUCAUAGUGUACGUAUAGUGUUGUCAUGUGAUUCUAUAUUGUUGUUAUUGGAAGUACAUUGUAAAUCAUUGGUCCGUGAUAUUGUGUAUGUAUAAUCUCGUAAACUGUAAAUAAUCAGCAUGUUUUGAAUAUAAAAAUGGAA